UACAUUAGUAAAAUCCGAUUGAUUCAUAUAUAUUUAUUAGUAUGCCUUAUUGUUCAGAUAUAUGACAAAACAAUUUUAUAUUUAGAUUGAUUCCCCCUCUCUAAACUGUUUCUCAGAUGCUCUCUCCCAUCUCCAGCUCCCCCCCGCUGUCAGUGUCUCCUCAAGUCUCUCUGCUGUGUCUCGCGCGAGUUGGAGGCGCGUUUAGCGGGUCAGAUUGUCACAGAGAAGGAAGAGCUGCACGUUCCAGCAAAUUGCUGCAAAUCAAAUGUUUGGCAACACUUAUGAUUUAAGAGAGACAAUUUGGCAAAACGCGUGCAAUUUGCAGAAUAAGCCGGACCGCUAUGAAGUACACAGGCAGCACGACAAACUUAAAGCGAGGACAAUGUGAGUUCGGAGACGCAAAUCCGAGAGGGAGGCAGACAUCAGCUAGCCCCAGCGGUACCCCUAGCAAGAAGACUGACAGUGUGUCAGAAAGAAGAGCAGCAGAGAUGGGACUUCAGUACGCUCUGAAUUUCUGGAUACAAACCGUUGUCUUUUUACCAGGGGUCCUGGGUAGCGGAUAUGGUGUAGAGUAUUCAAUAAAUCCACUCUGUGCCAUCAGAGGAUCCACUGUGGUCAUUCCCUGUUCAUAUAAAUAUCCAGAUUCAUUAAGAGUAGAGACAGUCAUGUGGUGUCAGGAUGAUGAGUACUGUGAUAAAAUGCUAUACGUCUCUCACAGCAGUAAUACAAACAUUAGUGCUGAAUACAGAGACCAGGCAGAAUAUUUAGGGAACAAAGAGAAGAACUGCACAUUACAGAUAAAGAACAUUACACACAAAUAUGCUGGUGUGUAUACAUUUAGGUUCACGACCAAUGUAGAAACGGGAAAAUGGAGUGGAAAACCUGGGACAACUCUUAGAGUUGAUGAUGGUGCAUGGACUGUGCAUUACUCAGAGAGAAACCUGUGUGCAGUGAGAGGAUCGACUGUGCUCAUUCAGUGUGAAUAUGGAUAUCCAGAGCCACACAAAGUGAACUCCAGGAUGUGGAGUCAUAAUGAUGUGGACUGUACUGGAAACCCAUAUGUCUAUCACAGUAAUAAUACAAACAUUAGUGCUGAGUACACAGGCAGAGCAGAAUUCUUGGGGAACAAUGUGAGGAACUGUACACUGCAGAUAAAGAACAUUAGAGAGACGGAUGCUGGAGAGUAUAGAUUCAGAUUUACAACAAAUGGGUGUGAGAAGUGUGGUGGACCUGGAGUGACUCUUCAAGUUGAUGAACUAAAGGUGGUGAUGACCUCAUCCACAGUAAAUGGAACAAUAAGGGAAGGAGACACUGUGAACCUGACAUGUGGCACAAACAGCUGCUCUCUCAGCCAAUCAGAAUUCAGCUGGUUUAAGGACAACCAGACGCUCCCAGAAACACAGUCCACACUUCACUUCAGUCCCAUAUCCUAUCAUCACACAGGAAAAUAUUCAUGUGCUUUAAAUGACAGAAAGGUAGCUGUAUCUAACGAAGUGAAUAUUAUUGUUGAAAGUAAUUUUAAUAAAAUUAUUAUAUUCACUGUUGUGGGAAUAUUAUUGAUUGUGUUAAUUGGAGCUGUUGUGAUUUUUAUCUUCAUGAAAAGGAUAAAUUCACUCAGUGUGGACAAAACCAAAGAAGGAACCAACAAAAGAGAAGACAAGGACCUGUGCAGCGAUUCAGAAACACAGGCUGAGUCAGCUAUUUAUUCCAAUUUCAUGGACUCUUCUAAGGAGAAGAGUGGAACCAGCAACAGAUAUUCUGAGGAAUCCUGUGAGCUCCCAGACUAUGGAAAUGUAAAUAUUCAAGAACGAGUUUAUGGAAAUGUAAAUUUUGAAUUAACCGAGUAUGAAAAUGUAAAUAUCAAAGAAAUGGCAGAAUAACAGAGCUGGUGGAAGAGAAACAACUUGGGUCAAAAACACAUUAAAUAAAUGUACAGAUGUUACAUAGCUGUUACAUAAAUGUACACUGGUGUUACACUUUUAGUAUCUGUGGCUACAUUUUCUUGACACACACACUUGACACACAAGAUAAUUCUUGCCAUAAAGAGUGUAAGCUUUAUUUCAAACAUGUAAUUGAAAGAACCAUAAAAACUGAAUAAAGCUUUUCUUUUGUUUAUAUUA